CUGGUAGAGAAAGUAGAAACAUUUUGUUCCAGGAAUAACCCUUUUUCCCCUUCCCCUCAUGAACUGCCGAGACGUUGCCCUGGUCUCGAUAGCCACCAUCUUUGGUGCUUUUGCCUCUGCUUUUGCUUAUCAUACAUUCUUCUCCAUCCCUAGUAAAAAGUCUUCUCCAAUCAAUUCAUCCCAAAACGGUGACGUUUCAAAGAAACGCUCCUCCCAGGAUCCUUUCGAUCCAUCGAAACGCAAAGGAUAUUUGUCAUGGGAUGACUAUUUUAUGGCGAUUGCAUUCUUAUCCGCUAAGAGAUCCAAAGACCCGAACAGGCAGGUUGGUGCAUGCUUGGUGACAAAUGGUAUAAUUCUUGGCAUUGGCUAUAAUGGGUUUCCUAGGGGUUGUUCUGAUGACCAGCUUCCUUGGGCAAAGAUGUCCAAAUCUGGGGACCCAUUGGAGACGAAAUAUCCGUAUGUUUGUCAUGCUGAAGUCAAUGCUAUCUUGAAUACAAAUCAUGCAUCCGCAGCUGGCCAGAGGCUUUAUGUGACCAUGUUCCCCUGCAAUGAAUGUGCAAAGAUAAUCAUUCAGUCGGGUGUCUCAGAAGUCAUAUAUUUUAUAGAGAAAAGACUGAAUACAGACACUGCAUAUGUUGCUUCGCACAAGCUGCUAUCGAUGGCUGGUGUUAAAGUCAGAAAACAUCAACCACAGAUGGACCAAAUUUUACUGCAGUUCAAAGAGCUGUAGUUUUAUGUUCAUGUACCGGUUUUUUAUCUCGACAAGCACGAUUGUUACUUCUUAUCUUGUAUCCUAUGUUAUAACUGUAACACAGAAUCUAUUUAUGUUAUUCUGAUUUAGGAUGAUUUUCAAAUAGAUAUAUGUUUCCUACAAUAAUACUCGUUUGAG